UAAAUGCAUAUGACAUGCCUUUUGGUAUUUUUGUUGGUAUCAACAAUCAUGGAAAGACAAUUCUCUUUGGUUGUGCACUUCUUCGAAAUGAAACAACUAGUGCAUUUCAAUGGUUAAUGAAGGUUGACCUUGCCAUUGAAGAUAUUGAGCAAACACAAUCACAUGAUACAAUGUUGGAGAAAUAUAUAGGUUCUUCUUUAAGAACAUUGUCACCAAUAGAAGAACAAGCACAUAGUGUGUUGACACCCUAUGCUUUCAAAAUUUUUCAAGAGGAAUUUGGAAGAGCCACACAAUAUUCGGUGCUUCAAGAAAAUGGUAUUGAAUUUGUGUUGCAAUAUUAUGAAGAAAAAACUAGUCAAAAGCACUUGGUCUUAUGGGAUGGUGAGAUGACUAGUUGUAGUUGCAAGAAUUUUGAAUUUUGGGGUAUACUUUGUCGUCACACACUUAGUGUAUUCAUUCACAAAGAUUGUUACCAAAUUCCAUCUUUGUAUCUUCCACCACGUUGGUGUCGCGAAACAUCAUUAGGUGGAAAAGAAUUGAUAGUGUUGAGUGAUGAAAAUUUAGUGGACAAGGAAAAUAUGGUUGAUGCUAAUGCUAAUGAUGCUAUUGAUGGAGAUUGUUUUGUUCAUUGUCCUCCGCUCUCAAAGACGAAAGGUCGCCCAAAGCAAAAAAGAAUGAAAGGUGGAAAAGAAUUGGGAAAGCAAAAGAGAACUUGUGGGUUUUGUAAGCAUGUUGGCCAUAACAUCUCUACAUGUCUGGAGAAGGAGAAGGAGAAGGAAAACUCAACUUCCUCAAAUGGUGCAAAGAAAAUGAAAAAUUGUACUUCAAUAGAUAUGGGAUUGAACCCAAUAUUUUAUUUGAAAUGUUAGGUCUUUUGCUUAAAAUAUCACCAAUAUGAUGUUUGUCAACUUUUUAUU